CGAAGUUCUUCUGAAAAUCCAUGUUAGUCUAGAGCGAACGAAUGAUAGGCACGUGGCGCACCAGAAUCUCGGUCAAUUGAAAGUAAUAGUGGUCGUAGAAUCUGCAGGGGAUAGAAAAAAAAAAAUAGAAUAAAUAAAUGAACAAGGUGCCCGAAAAUGUCACGGUUUUUCUUUAUCGCGACGGUUAUUUUGUUCCUUAUUAGUACGUUGCGGGUCGGUAACGGGGCGAGGAUUCUUGGAAUAUUUCCCGUGUCUUCGAUUAGCCAUCAAGUUGUAUUUCGUGGGCUGACAUUAGCGUUGAAUAAACGUGGACAUGAGCUGGUGGUCGUUACUCCUAAUCCGGUUAGGGAUCCGACGUUGAAGAAUUACAAGGAAAUCGAUCUCAGUUACCUGUAUGACGACCGUAAGAAUCUCGAUUCCCUGCAAUUCAAAACGAACACGAACUGGUUGGACAUAUUCUGGAACGACUUGGAAAAUCUCUUCGACGUGUACACGCAUAAAAUUUUGCAAACCCCGGAAUUAAAGGAACUGUAUUCGCCCGAUAACGACGAAACUUUUGAUCUGGUAUUGAUUGAGUCGCUUUUCUUUCCGUCUCUUUUGGCAUUGGCUACCCGAUUCGAUGCACCGAUCAUUGGGAUAACCUCGCUGGGAUUGUCCGCCAAUAUUCACUACAGCAUAGGCAAUCCCGUGUUGCCUUCUCAUCCGUCGAAUUGGGAAAUAAAUUUAGACGCGCACGGGUCACCGACGCUUUGGGAGAGGAUAAAAAACUUCGUAACCGUGUGGAAACAUAUCUAUUACUAUAGAACUUAUCACAUGAGAAAGCAGCAGGAGAUUGCUGAGGAAUAUUUUGGAAAAGACAUACCAGAUAUCAGGGAUAUUGAAAAAAACAUAAGCUUGGUUUUCGUCAAUCAACAGACACCGAUUUCGUUCGUCAGAGCUCACGUUCCGAAGUACAUCGAAAUCGGCAAUUUUCACGUUUCCAGAGAAAUCGUUAAACUACCAAAGGGUCUUCAGAAAAUAUUGGACGAAGCUACUCAAGGAUUUGUCUACAUGAGUCUCGGAUCGAACGUUAAAAGUAACUUGUUGACUAACCGAACGCGAGAUGAAUUUAUCACCGCGUUUUCAAAGCUACCCUACAAAGUUCUCUGGAAAUUCGAGGACGACGAUCUACCGGGGAGGCCCGAAAACGUAGUGACUAUGAAAUGGAUCCCACAACAGGGGGUUCUAGCUCACCCAAAUUUGAAAGUAUUCAUAUACCAGGGCGGACUCCAGAGCACGGAGGAAGCCACUUACCACGCCGUUCCUCUGAUCGGGCUACCGGUCUACGCGGAUCAGUCUAUGCAAGUCGGUAAAAUGGUGUCUCUCGGUGUCGCUAAAAAAUUAGACAUCGGUAAUGUACGCAGCGAAGAUUUAGUGGAAGCGAUUCGCGCGAUCACAUCCGACAACGGCUACAAACAGAGGAUGCUGAAUUUACGUUCAUUGCUGAAGGACAAACCGAAGGAUCCUCUGGAAAAUGCAAUUUGGUGGACAGAGCACGUGAUACGUAGACGAGGCGCUCCUCAGCUGCAUUGUUCUACCGCUGACGAACCGUGGUACAGUCGAUACGACAUGGAUGUGAUCGCCAUUUUGUCAGCUGGAUCUGUAAUAGCAACAUUUUUAACGUUAGCCAUGUUUUAUAAAUUUUUACUUUACGGUAUUGGUCUUGCUGGCAUUAAUUCCAUUGGCAGCAAGGAAUCUUCGCUCAUUGAGAAGAAGAAAAGAAAUUAAAUAUCAUCCGAAGUAUGGGAGCCAAUUGAAAUUUCCAUGCAUUUCUGUCGAACAUUUUUGCAACCUAAUUUCUGAUUUUUAUUCGUCAUUCGCGAUUCGAUUCCCUAGCGAAAAUUCUGUGUAUCACAUGCGGUAUGUGCCAUGUGCUUUCCGGUGGGCUAAUGCCCGCAUUAUGCUUUUAGCGAAAACAAAAAUUCUCGGAAACCCGUCUAUAACGUUUUAGUUUAUUCAUGGGUACAUCACAAGUCUCAUAUAUUUUCUCUUUCAUUUCACAAGUAUAUAAAAGCCGAGCUACAGCACGUCGUACGUCUGCCGUAAGGAAGAAAAUAUAUUCACUCCGAAUAUUCCCACGUAGAUACGUUGAAAACUAUGUUAUAAAAGAAACCCGCGAUAAGACGAUUCUUUUUGUUGCCGAAUCUGAUAAAAGAAGAUGAAAAAGAGGAAUGUUUAUCGAUGCACUUCAGCUGCGUGCGACGACCACGCGACUACAGACCGUAUGGUAUAUCUUUGAAUAAGAUUAAAGUGAAAAUUCAGUCCUCAAUUUAUUCUUUGACGUGUUUUGUCAUUUAUUUAUCUACGCUGAGAUUGUAAACUGCUGUUAAUUCUCGCUCGCUUUAACUGAACCCUAUAUAAAUAUGAUUAUGUAUUUCAAGGUACAAUCACGUGUCUUGUAUAAAAUGAGAAUGAAAAGAAAAAAAAAAAGAAAAGAAUUCAUGAACAUUUCAAGUGGCAAUUAAUACUCAAGUAUCGCGUCGAUUAGAGAUCUGUUUGAAUUACGUUUGUAAGAGAUACAAACGAGGAUUGAUUAUUAAUUUAAUCUUUACAAUUAAUUAUAUUCAUUCCUGAAUACGCAAAGAUUCUUUUUGUAAUUAAGAAAAAAGAGUUGCACUCCUAAUCCAUCGAAACGGCAUUUAAUUAAUGCCCGUAAGCUGACGGGCGAAGUGGGGACCACAAAAAUAAAAAAUUUAUGAAAAUUCCCCAAACACCUGGAAAUUUUUUUUACACUCUCUUCACAGUAAAAAAAAGUUACAAAAUUUUCUGAUCUUACACUCAAGACGGACCGCACUCGAGAAUACCUAAAAUAUUCCACCGAUCGAAAAAGGUUAUAUUUAGAAUAUUUUUUUUUUCACCCCGAAUUGCACCCUUAUACGCCGUACACUGUAUGUGUGUUUACGGGGAUUGAGAUUUUGAUGUUUUUUCUUAUCCUAUUCCUCUUCCUACAUUCUCACGCACGGGUCAAUUUAUGCGAGGAUGCGCGUUCCGUGAGAAAAGCGAAUUACAUACAUAUCUUCGGCAUCUCUGGAGCAUGUACAUAAGAUUCGCAGGAAUCGCAUGUAAGAUUCGCCGUUGCGUCGUAUACUCAUAGGUGUAUGUAUGUACGCACGUGUACACACGAUGCCACAAAUACCUCCUCCCUCACACCAUUUUUUUCCCCCAAUUUCUGUUUUUUUUUUCUUCUCCUUAUAUUUCUCCCUCGGAUUUGAAUUCCGUUCAGCCCCCUACGUAGUCGUCGUUUUUAUCGUUUAUGUACAAAAUCGAUCGAGACAAAAACAUGUUUACCUUAUAAUAUUCUUAUUUCGUGCCAACGAUUCGACUGCAGUUUUUUUUUUUUCAAUCAAAUUUGUGCUCUUGGCAUUUUAUGAAA